UGCGGGUGGCGGAGCGGGGGCGGCUCUGAGAGCGGUGCUGCGGCGGCGGAGGGCGGAGGAGGAGGAAGAGGUGGCAGCCCCCGACGGCCCCGACGGCCGCGGCCAUGGCAGAGUCCGGAGCCCCCUCGGGCGGCGACAAAACGCCCCGGCUCCAGGACCGGGUCCUGGCCGGGAUGCGCUGGGGCCGCCUCCAGGAGCCGCUGGGCUUCGUCAAGGUGCUGGAAUGGCUCUUUGCCAUCUUUGCUUUCGGGGCGUGCGGUUCUUUCAGCGGUGAGAGCGGGGCCACGGUGAAGUGCAGCGGUGAAACCAAAGAGAUGAGCGCCAUUUCCGUGCAGUUCGGGUACCCGUUCAGGUUGUACCAGAUCCCCUUCGAGAUGCCGGAAUGCGACGGCGAGUCGGAGCCUCGCUUGCUGCACCUGGUGGGCGACUUCUCCGCUCCCGCCGAGUUCUUCGUGACCCUGGGGGUCUUCUCCUUCCUCUACACCAUGGCAGCUCUGGUGCUUUACCUGCGCUUUCAUUCCCUUUACGCCGACAACAAGAAGCUCCCGUUCACGGACUUCUGCGUCACCGUCUGCUUCGCCUUCUUCUGGCUGGUGGCGGCGGCGGCGUGGGGCAAAGGGCUGAGCGACGUCAAGGCGGCCACGAGGCCCUCCAGCCUCAUCGCAGCCAUGAGUGUGUGCCAGGGCCAGGACGUGGUGUGCAACGCCGGCGCCACGCCGGCCAUGGGGCUGGCCAACAUCUCUGUGCUCUUCGGCUUCAUCAAUUUCCUGCUGUGGGCCGGGAACUGCUGGUUCGUGUUCAAGGAGACGACGUGGCACACGAAGGCUGAGCCCCGCGGGGACAGCGCGGCCGAGCAGGGCGCCAUCGACAAGCAGUAGCCCCUGGGGGGGGGGGGCACCCACCUGCACCCACCUGCACCCACCUGCACCCACCCCCCCAUCCCCGGGGGCCUCGCGCCGGCCGCAGCCUGGGGGUGGAGGGGGGGUUGUUGUACCGAGGGGUCCCUGCUGUGUGCGGAGGUGGAUAAAGGUCCU